UCGCGUGAGGUCACGUUUACGUGUUCCACGUCACGGAAGUCACAGAGAUGAUCCAUUAGCGCCCUAAAACCAAGCUGAAAACUUGUGUUACCGGUCUUGUAAUGUUGCAGUACUUUACAGGAUACAGACCCAGGACUGUCUCGGUCUAAAAGGGAUCAGGAAACUCUCGAAAGCGGAGGUGUUGAGUCGGUGGGCGAGACUGCCUGCCGUUUUGCAGGCUAGCUCGCUAGUCAGGUAGCCGUCUAACGUUAGCUGAUUUGGCGACGAGCGGAGUAAUUAAUCUAAAGACAGACAUCGAGGAAGCGCGCACUUAUUGUAUCGCGUAACCAUGGCAACUCGGCGACUGACCGAUGCCUUCUUAUUAAUGCGGAACAAUGCAAUCCAAAACCGGCAGAUUUUGGCUGAGCAAGUGAGUACAAACGACCCCCGUCGAACUCUGAAUACACGUAGCAAUGCUGCGGUGAGUCUAAUAGAGUUGGCUGAUGACCGCAUGGCUCUGGUGUCAGGCAUCAGUUUGGAUCCAGAGGCCGCUAUCGGUGUCACGAAGAGACUCCCGCCUAAAUGGGUGGAGGGAGUGGAUGAGAUUCAGUAUGAAAUCACACGUAUUCGUCAGAAGAUGAAGGAUCUGGCCAGUCUGCAUGACAAACACAUGAACCGGCCCACACUGGAUGACAGCAGUGAGGAGGAGCAUGCAAUCGAGAUCACUACACAGGAAAUUACACAGAUGUUUCACAGGUGCCAACGGGCCGUGACGGGGCUCCAGACUCAGAGCCGUCAUUGUACAAAGCAGGAAAACAGGCUGCUGACUAAUGUGGUCUCCUCACUGGCCCAGAGCCUUCAAGAACUGUCAAUCAACUUCAGACACACACAGUCAAGCUACCUGAAACGGAUGAAAAACCGUGAAGAAAGAUCCAAGCACUUUUUUGACUCUGGUCCUCUUGUGGAGGAAGAUGAAGAUAUUGCACUAUAUGACAGAGGAUUUACAGAUGACCAACUAGUGCUAGUUCAGGAAAACACAGUGUUGGUUGAAGAGAGAGAGAGAGAAAUUCGACAAAUUGUUCAGUCCAUCUCUGACCUUAAUGAGAUAUUUAGAGAUCUUGCUGGAAUGGUUGUGGAACAGGGCACAGUCCUCGACAGAAUUGACUUCAAUGUGGAGAAUGCUUGUGUCAAAACAGAGGAGGGUCUGCAGCAGCUGCAGAAGGCUGAACAGUACCAGAAGAAAAACCGCAAGAUGCUGGUCAUUUUAAUUCUCUUUGUCAUAGUUGUUGUUCUAAUACUUGUUCUGUUCGGGACAAAGUUUAGAUGAAUAAUUCCAUGGCCUCUAAGAGGGAUCUUCCUGUAUGUAUGAGAUAAACAUAUGUGUGUGUGAGUGGGUAAGCAUGCUAACUUACAACACCAUUAUUUGAUAGUGGAAAAUGUAGAAGGUGCUUACGUUUUAAAAUACUACUCUACAAAGUGAAGAUAAGGACGCCCCCUGCUGGCCAACAAGGGCAGUGUCUGGAGAAAUAUGUGUGUCUAUAUCUGUAGUGAAAGACCGCAUUAGUACUUAGGUCCCUUUCAGAG